CCCCCUCUCUCUCUCCCUCCCUCUCUCUCUCUGUAGUCACAGGAGCUCCGAGCCAGACGAGGCCUCGCAUGAAGAACGGCUCGACUAUGUGGAGGAGGAAGAAACGUCCUCUCGGGGAAACCUUGGCCUGUCUCGUGUUUCUCGUGACGCUCGUCGAUGCCCAUCGAUUCCUGAGCCAGACCUCAGCCUCCCAGUUCCUGAGGAGGCACCGGAGAGCCAACUCUCUGUUUGAGGAGAGCAAGAAGGGCAACAUGGAGAGGGAGUGCAUCGAGGAGCUGUGCAACAAGGAGGAGGCCAGGGAGAUCUUUGAGAACGAGCCGGAGACGGAAUACUUCUAUCCCAAAUAUGUUGUGUGUCUUGGUUCACACCGUGUCGGCAUCAACAACCACAACUCGGACUCUUCCAUCCCAUCGGACCUCCGCACCUGUGUGAACGAGAUCAGUAACCAGUGCACACCGUUUCCAUGCUACAAGGAGGGUACAGAGGACUGCAAGGACGGCCAGGCCACCUUCACAUGUGUGUGUAAGCCCGGCUGGAAGGGGGUUCGCUGUGAGGACGACAUCGAUGAGUGUUCAGAUCCUGAAUUUCCAGCGGGAUGUAAUCAAAAAUGUUACAACGUCCCCGGCAGUUUCUACUGCAUGUGUGAAGAGGGCUACCUCAUCAAUGACAAAAUCAACUGCGAGGAUAUCAACGAGUGCCUCAUGUAUCCCAGUAUUUGUGGAAAACCGGCUAAAUGUGUCAACACGCCUGGGAUAUAUGAGUGCCAGUGUCCGCCGGGAUUUAGAUACAACUUCUCUUCCAAAACCUGCAGCGAUGUAGACGAAUGUGAGUGGAGCGUGUGUGACGGCACGUGUAUAAACACAGUGGGCAGCUUUGCGUGUCACUGUGAUGGUCGUCAGGGCUUUCGUUUGGUGGACAAUCAACGGUUCUGUGAGAAAAUCCCUGUUUGUGUGGACCUGUACGACCACAAACACUCAGAGAUGCUCUACCUGGGGGAGCAUUUCUCAGGCCUGCCGGUCAUCUACCUGCUUUUCCGUCUGCCGGAGAACACAAAGUUUGCAGCAGAGUUCGACUUCCGCACGUUCGACCCAGAGGGAGUUGUUCUGUACGCUGAGUCCUCCCAGGACUCGUGGUUCAUGUUGGGGCUGAGGGACGGUCGCAUUGAAGUCCAGUUCAAGAACCAGCACACGUUCAAGGUCACCAGCGGAGGAAAAGCCAUAAAUGAUGGACAGUGGCAUGUGAUCUCUGUGGAUGAACUGGAAAGCAGCAUCAGUGUGAAGAUCAGCAAGGAAGCUGUGAUGAGCAUCAACAGCCCUGAGAGUCUCUUUACUUCAGUUAAUGGCAAACUGGAGACCAAGGUCUACAUCGCCUGUCUGCCCAACCGCACAGACAACAUCAUCAAACCUAUCAACCCUCGACUCGACGGCUGCAUCAGGGGCUGGAACUUGAUGAAUCAAGGAGCAUCUGGGGUGAGGGAGGUCAUCCAGGAGAAGAAGAGUAAACAUUGCUUUGUGUAUGUGGAACGAGGGUCUUUCUUCACUGGGGCAGGACUGGCACACUUCAACAUUGACUACAGUGAUUCUGGAAGCUGGAAAGUGGAUAUAAAGCUGAACAUACGUCCGUCCAGCAGCACAGGCGUCCUCUUUGCUCUUGUCUCCAAUAACAUAGUCCCCUUAUCGGUCGCUGUAGUAACGAAGGGCGAUGGAGAGGCUGACCUGCAAGUGUUCUUGGACGGUGUCUCCGUGGCGAAGCUGGACUCACUGAUGUUGUGUUACCCUGAGCGGCUGACACUGCAGCUGAGCGUGACUCCCACAGAAAUCCAAAUCUCAGCCAACUCCUCCACGGUUACGUACAUGGCAUCUGAUGCCCUGCAGGUGGCACUGGAGCGCCUCAAUACCACCAUGCAGAAACCCAUCAGUACAUACAUUGGUGGGAUACCAGACGAAGUCCCGUUACCUGCCACCCCUGUGACGGCGUUUUACCACGGCUGCAUGGACAUCUCUGUCAACGGCCGCCAGCUGGACUUCGACGAGGCUCUCGGCAAACACAACAGUAUCAAGAGUCAUUCCUGUCCUCCCUUCUCUCCCCCCGAAGUCCAACAUGAUCCACCGCACCCGCACACAAAGUGACCUUAAUUAACUGCAGUGUCACUUUUUGCAGCGUCCCACAGUGGCCACCUCCUGGGACAUUUUGGAAUGAGAGAUAUAUAUGGGAUGGUGGGGGAGGGGGGUUUGAGAAAUGGCAAGAAGAGGAAAUAGAGGUAGAUGGUUAUAGUCAUUUUUGUCGACUUUCUCAGAUCGGUUUAUUUUAAGCUUUUGGUAAAUACAGCAUUAUUGCUCCUGUUCUGGGAGCAUUUCGUCCAGUUUUUUUUGUGCUUUUGUUUUUCUUAGUGUUGCACAGUGAAAGCUGGCUUGCCAGUGACCUACUCAGAAACUGGAUGACGUAGUCAUAGCACUUUGUUGCAAUGAAUUCAAUUCUUUCCAAGAGGCUUUGAAAUAGAGCUGAGCUCUGUAGUGCACUUACCAUGUGUUGAGCAAGAGAUGGGUGAUGUUUGUGUAGAGGAUUAAACAAAUGGUCACAUUGGACCAGGCUGGGAGACCACCUGCAUCUUUUUUCUCCUUGCUGUUGAAUCAUAGUACGAUGUCUAAAAUCUCGUUCACUUAGGUCUCAUUGAGAAAGACAUCUGGAGAAAACCAGCUGAAAUUGUGUGGGUCGGUUGUGGCGGGGAAAACCACAGAGGAGAAAGUGGAGCCGCCAGGCUUUCGAUCCAACUCUGCUCCAAUUUCUUGAUUGAAUCAUUAUCCCUAAGAAACAUGUGUUAUGAUUUAAUCGUUCCCAGAACCCACCAUUAUUGUCACCACCUCUCAUUGUGGCUGUAAAAACAUCAGCUGUUCUUCUAUUUCUGUCCUCAUCUUCAGCGUUCUCCUGUGUACACUAUUUGACUUGUAUAUAAAACAGGCCAUCUUUAAUAUAUAACUUAAAUGUACUUGUUCAUUGUUGUUUGUUUGUUAAAAUAAAACUGAGCAAAGCAAUCUCA